AUGGAAGAGUUAAUACAGACACUCAAGGUGAUGGCUGCUGGAAAAGUUCCAGGGAGGAAUGGCCUAACUGUUGAGUUUUUUUUAUGUUGCUGGGAGUCAAUGGGCCCGACCCUGGUAGAAGUCUAUAACAAGGUCUUAACGGGGGAUAAGUUGGGGGAAGCCAUGACACAGGGAGUCAUUUCACUGAUGUUCGAAAAGGGAGAUAAGGCAAAUGUCAGGAACUACCGACCGAUCUCCCUUGUGAACGUGGACUAUAAGAUAUUGGCAAAGACGAUGGCAUUGCGUCUGGAUAAGAUCCUGCCAAGACUAGUGGAGGGAGAUCAAAGGGCGUUUGUCCAGGGCCGUUCAAUCUUCCUGAAUAUUUUGACAGCAAUUGAAUCGGUGGAAGUCAUCCUCUCAGAAAACAGAGACAUGACGGUACUCCUACUAGAUCUAGAGAAAGCGUAUGACCGUGUUGGCUGGUCGUUCGUGCUGACAACGUUGAGGAAGAUGGGGUUCGGAGACAACUUCUGCAGGUGGGUGAUUGCGAUGUUCACAAGCGCCUCUUGGACAGUACAGGUCAACGGUCACCUCUCCAGUCCAUUUCAACUCUCUAGAUCUCUGCGACAGGGGUGCCUGCUGGCCCCACUCCUGUUCAUGCUGCAGCUGGAAAUUCCACUUAAUUGCAUCCGGAAACACCCAGCGAUAAGAGGAAUUCCACUAGGGGAAGGGAGGGAAUGCCGGGCGAAAGCACUUGCAGACGAUCUGUUUCUGGUGUCAGAGAACACGCAGGGGUCACUGGUGGCGAUCAAGGAUGUGCUACAGGACUACUCGAUGUUGUUCAAAGCGCAAGUGAACUGGGAUAAAUCUUCGUACAUGCUCCCCGAAGACUUUGCGCUGGCAGUAGAGUGGGGGAUGCACAGAGUGGACUCAGCGGAAGGAGAACGUUUCCUCCGGGUCUACAUUAGCCUACAGCUGAUGAGUUUAGUGCAAGGACUCAUACUACAGCAUAGGGUCACGGCAAAACUCAGGAUCUAGGGAUUGGCCUGGCACCUAUCGUUGUUCAAGCGGGCAUUGGAAAUAAAUAUGGCAUUGUUUUCCUUGCUGUGGUUUGUGGGAUUGGUGAGGGAAAUAGUUGGGCCAGUGCUGGCAGAGAUCAGAAGAUUGGUCACGAGGUUCCUCUGGAAACCGCGAGCACAGAGUGAGGAAGGUUUUCUGGUGAAAGUAGCAUGGGACUUGGUUACACAGGAGAAGGACAAGGGUGGCUUGGUCCUAACCGACCCCCAUUGCAAGAAUCAAGCGCAGUUGAGAUC